AUGAAAAUCAUCAUCGUCGGUGCCGGCGUGGCAGGCUUAUCAGCAUACCUGCAGCUGAAAAAGCUCAUGCCUGGCCGGCACACUAUUUUAAUUUACGAAGCCUACGGGAGCCGUGCGACGGGCGACAGGAGUCCUUCCGAGCCCAUGUUGACCGAUUCGGCUGCCGUGGUGGGCAACGUAAUCGCCCUGGUCCCGGCGGCCUUGAGAAUGCUUCGUUGUAUUAACCAAGACCUGUAUGACCUUUUUCUGACCCGUGGCUACCAAAACGAAACAUACCGCUUCCGGACUGCGCGAGGUCAUUCCCUCGGCGCCGUACCUACCGACGACGGUGAGAGCCCGCGUGAGUGCACUGUAUCGUGCCCUAGGAUGGUGCUGCGUGACUGUCUCGUCGAGAUUGUCGGCGAACACAACAUUCAUUACCGCAGGGUGGUCGCGGUUGAUGUGAGCGGUCCAAAGACUAUUGUCAAGUUCGCCGAUGGUUCUCAAGAGAGUGCUGACCUGGUGCUCGGUGCCGAUGGUGUGCGGAGCGUCGUCAGGACGGCCAUCUUGGGGCCUGCCCGGGAUGCGGCCGGAUUCCCGCCGCACUAUGAGGGAUUUUGCGGCGUCGGUGGUUUCUUGCAAAUGGACGAGCUCCCGCAGCCCGCCCUCGAAAAGAGCAUCGUCUUCACCUUCGGCCCGGCCGGAUCGUUCGGCUACUGCUCGGUCGGGCCGCUGGAGCAGCGGAUGCUGGGCUGGUGGUCGAACUGGGGCCAGGCCGAGAUGCCGCGCAGCAACGUCAUGGGGCUUGAGGAGAUCCGACGGCAGCUGCGCGAUCGCCACGGCGCGUGGGAGGACCCCAUCAUUGGCCACGUGGUCGAGAACAUGACGACGGACCGAAUAUACCCAAUCUGGACCACGCCCGAGCUGCCGUGUUGGAGUCGCGGCGGGGCGGUGCUGCUCGGGGACGCGGCGCACACGCUGCCGGCCACGAGCGGGCAGGGCGCGGCCCAGGCGCUCGAGGACAGCAUCGUGUUCUGCCUCCUCCUUGCUGCAUACCUCGGCCAAGACGGGGUUUCCGAGACCGAGGCAGCCCAGCUGGCUGGCAAGGGCCUCUUUGAGCUGCAGGCUCCCCGGGCGGCGGCCAUCAAGCGACGGUCGCGCAACCUCUAUCUGACCAACAAGAGAAUUGACAAGGUCGCUGUCGAGUACGCCUACUAUGCAUAUCUCUAUCUUUUGACGAGGCUCCCAAUUCUCUCCCGUCUCGUUCUUGGGACCGUCUUUAGUCCAUCCGACCACAAAGAUCCAGAACAGCGAGUGAGGGAUUAUCUCGGGGUCAAAAAGGCACGAGAAGAGGCAAGGGAAGAGUAG